AACCGAAGGAGGGUGUUACGACAAUCAUAUUUUUCUAUGUAUGUUUUGCUUGUAUUAGCGAAUGUUAAAUUAACGAAUGUACGAUUUAAUGAAAGUUCAUGGAAAAAUAAUGUAUGGUCGGAACAAAAACAAAAAUAAUAAUAAUAAUAAAAAUAACAAGGGAGAAGGGUGUUACGACAACUGUUUUCUAUGUAUUUUCACAUAACACUUGCAGUUUAUAUUUUUUAGUUGCGAAGGAAUAAUAAUAAUUUGUCUCACUUAAAAAAUGUAACUAGUACUCAAGGUGAAAAGAUAAAAAUACUUGCAUGUUAAAAAACUUGUUUUCAAAAGUUUUGAAGCAAGUUUUUUUGUGUAGUUUUGAAAGCUGUACAGCAAGAAUUAUUCUUGUGCUGUUUUGAAAGUUAUACAGCAUAUACCUGCAUUGUUUUGAUAUACAGCAGAUUAUACUUAGGCUGUUUUGUUGUUUUUUUAGAAUAUUCCAAAAUGGCUUAUUAAUCAGCAAUUUCUUAUCCUCUAUAACAGAAAAAUAUCAUUUUUCUUGUCAGGUUCUUUAAUACUUAUGAUUCUUUUCACUAAUAGAAACUGGCAUAGUGCAUAGUUUAAUAAACAAAAGUCAACAAACAAACGCAAGUUAAGGCCUGAAGAACACUCAAUAUGGAGGAUGCUAUAAAAGUUUUAUCUACAAAAUUUGAUUUACAAUCAGAUGUUUUGCAGAAAAUUGGGUCUGAUUCAGAGAAUGCAAGUUCUUGGUUGAUGGUACUUGGUGCAUAUGUUCUUGAUAAUGACAAAAAACUUGAGGAACAAGCUACUAAUGAAGUAUUGUUGCGAAAACAACGUCUUAACGCAGAGCAUCAACUUAGUCAGCUGGAAAAGCAACUCAUUUCUGCGAAUUCAAAAUUAAAUAAGUAUGAAAAAAGCCUUCUCACCACCAGAACAAAGUUGGAGCGUCUUGAGGAAUCUCAAGAGGAAACUGAGAAGAAGUAUGAAGAAACGUUAAACAAUAAACAGAAGAUUGAAAGACACAAUGAGCAACUGAAGCAGAAAUCUAUCCUGUUGGAACAAGAGAAAUGUGAACUUGCAGAGGUUAUGGAAAAGAAAAACAAAGAAAUUGAUCGACUAAAUGAGGAGUGGAACGAAAUGUCAACAAAACUUGCAGAUGCUAAUACAGUUCGUUACCAGUUGCAGUACAAGCUUGAUGAAAUCAAAAACUCUGAUGUUCGUAAGGAAUUUAAGGAGAAGAGGCUCGAACAGGAGAAAAGCAUGCUUCUCCAACAAAUAGAGCAAAUGACUUCGGACUUAAAAACAAAAUCAGCUCAAGUAGUUGACUUGAAUAAGGACAAGAGUGCAAAAUUACUUGGUUUGGAAUCAAAAUGUGAGACCUUGCAGCAGGAAAAUGCUCAGUUUAAGGCUGGUUUAGAAGCAUCCAAGAAAACAUGCUUAGAGCAGGAGAGGAAAAUUGAAAUGCUUUUAGCUAAAUUAAAGAGGAUAGCAGAAGAACAUAUUGAAGUUGAGAGCAACAUGCAACAGGAAUUGACUGCUCAAAAUAAGCUUGUACAGCUGUAUAAGGAAGAUCGAGACCAUGUGAAAGCAAAGCUUGAUGAGGUUACAACAGCAAUUUCUGAAUUACAAGCACUGCUGAAGCAAUCUACUGAAGAUAAAUCUGCUGUUGAAGUCCAGCUUGCAUCUGAACAUGAAAGUUUGACAUCAAAGAUUCAAGAAUUAGAACAAAAAAUCAAGAAUCAAUCUCUGGAAAUCGAAAAUGCAAAUGAUUUGUUGCAAAUUUCAAAGAGGAAAGGUGAUACAAUCAUGUCUAAAGAUCUCUCAUUCCUUUCUCCUGUGGCAGCCGCUAGCAGUAAAAUUCUAAAAAAAGGGAUGACACUUACACAGAUUUAUUCAGAGUAUGUAAAAGUUACAGAUGAACUUCUGAAUGAAAAGGAUGAGAAUGCUCGCCUAAAAUUAUAUAUGGAACAAAUUCUUCAGGAAGUAGAAGAAAAGGCUCCACUUUUAUUGCAACAGAAAGAAGAUUAUGAGCAUGCCAGACAAACAAUUGAUAAUAUGUCAGCGAAAAUGGAACAGAACAUAAGGGAAUGUAAUCGUUUGCAAAAUGAACAUGAUGAAUAUGAAAGAAAAGUUGGCUAUCAUAAAAGAGAGGAAAAAAGAUUGAAAACUCUCUGUGUUGAUCUCAGUCAGCAGGUUCGGGUUCUUCUUAAAGAAGUUGAAGAAGCACGUGGUGGAGCUGUCAGUUCACCAGCCAUGUUACUUGUAUCCCCCAAUGAUGAUCUUAAUGUGUCAAGUUCUGGACAAGUCAUUAGCGAGCACUUGGUCACUUUUAAGAGUAUAGAAGAAUUACAAGCACAGAAUGAACGCCUUCUUUUAACAGUGAGAGAAUUAAGUGAAGAACAAGAGAAACUAGAACAAGAGGGUGGACCUGAAAUAAUUCAUGAGUUAAAAAAAAAGAUUGAACAUGCUAAUUUUGAUCUGGACACCCUAAAAGACAAUCAAAGAGUGCAAGAUGAAAUGCUUGAGAAGCUUUCAAGACAAAGAGAUAUGUACAAAGUUCUUUGUCAAAAAGGUGGAGUUAUGGUGGGUGAUGUAUCGUCAACCUCUGCCUUAGGCUCACAGACUAUCCUUGAAACUGAGGCAGAGUUAACAACAACGAAAGCAGAACUUGAUAAUACAAUCAGCGAGCACAUGAAGCUAAAAGAAGUUGUGUCUAAGAAGGAAAAAUCUUUAAAUAAUACAAUCAACAGCCAAGAAGAACAGCUUUCCUCAAUUCGACUGGAACGUGACAAACUGAAAAAUCAGCUUGAGUUUACUGAAGAAAAGCAUUCCAUCUUAAAGACAACUGCAGAUGGGUACAAAAGAGAAGUUAAAGCUUUGGAAGCUAAAUGUAGCAGUAUCACAGAAGCAUUAAACACAAUUCGUGUUGAAGCUGCAAAAUACAAACAGGAAUAUAGCGAAGCCAAAGAAAAACUAAUUGCAGCUGAAGUUAAUGCAAAAUCCAUGAAAACAGAAAAAAAUCUAGUUAAAGAAGCUGAAAAACGCCUAAUGCAAGAAAAUCAAUCCUUACUUGAUCAGCAGAGAAGCCAAAAUGUACUUUUGACAAAUUUGCAGACAAUACAGAAUAACCUGGAGAGACGAGAAUUUGAGACUCGUUCUGCUUUGGGUAAGCAGGUUGACUCUCUUCAGCGUGAAGUCCGUGCCUUGCGAAGACAGAGUGAUAACGAAACCAGUAUACUAAAAUCAACAAAUACAAGUCUUGAGAAAGAAAUCAAAGAAUUAAAAAUAAAACUUGGCAUUGAAAUGGAGAAAAACAAAAUAUUUGUCACUGAUUCCGAAUCUUCAAAGCACCUUGUUGAGCAACUGGAGGCAAAGUGCAAAGAGCUAGAAUCGAUUUCUACAGCAAGCGAAAGAAGACUAACAGAAGUAUUAAAACGAGAGGCUAGUGGUUCAGGAAAGGAUGAUAAUCUUUAUGAAGUUGAAUGGUACAAAACAAAGGUCCGGGAAUUAGAACUUAUCAUCUCAAAUGCAGCUACAGAGAAAAAAGCUCUUGAGGAUCAACUGGAAGUUGCUAAGAAGCACUCUCAACAGUAUGAAGAGAUUGCGAACUCGAAUGAACAAGCCAUCAAUAUUGUUAAUGAGAAAUUGGAUGCUCAAGUUAAAGAAUUUGAGAAGAAACUGAGUGAAUCAAAUGAAACUGUAAAAAGCUUAAACUCAAGAAUUGCUAGUGUGGUAGCAGAAAAAGUUCAAAUGAGAAAGAGUUCUGAACAAAUGGAGAAAAAAUACCAAUUAAUCGUCUCUGAAUUGCGCACACAAUCUGCACCGCUGGAACGACGUUUCCAAGAGGUGACACGUGCACUUGUUCACGCUAAAGAAAUGGAAACAGCUGCUGUGAAAGAAUCGCAUGUUCAAGCUGAAUUAGCAAAAGAAACUCAGGAGAAGUAUGAGCGAGAAUUACUGUUACAUGCAAAAGACGUCGAACAACUAACAAUUUUGAAACAAGAGUUGCAUACAAGUAAUAGUCGGUAUGGUGGAAUGGAGGAACAGUUUACUGAGAUGAAACGAACUUUGAAGAAUAACGAGGAAUUGAUGACUCAGAUGAAGGGCCAUCAUAAUAAGGAGUUGCGUAAAGGUGAAUCCACGAGAAAAGACUUAAUUGAUCAAAAUGCUAUUCUGCAUGGCCAAGUUGAGAAGCUCAGUGCUCAAUUAGCAUCAGCAAAAUCGCAAGAAAGAGGCAAUGAAGGCCAAGAAACUUCAUCAGACAAAUCAGUUGAAGAAGUCUAUGAACUACUUCGGUUUGUUCGUCGUGAAAAAGAAAUUGCUGAGACUAAGGCUGAGGCCAGUGAAACAGAGAGCAUGCGUUAUCGGCAACGUGCGGAGCAUCUUCAGCGGGAUCUUGAUGAAAAUAAGGCAGCCUUGGAAUUGGAGCUUGAAAGAACAAAAGGAAGAAUGCUAACAGAGGAGGAACAUAAUGAUAUUAUGGAAAAAGUAAAAAAAGGGAAGGAGUAUGAAGUUCUCAACAAAGAUUUAGAACAACAGAAAGCAGAACAAGUCACAAAAGCCAAAACAUUGUUGGAAAAGGUUACUAGCAUGACAGCAGAUAUGAAAUCUCUCCAAGAAAGCAAAAAGGCAUUAGAAAGUGAAAAAAGUUCAUGGUUGGCUGAGAAAACUGCUUUAAAAGCAGAGAUUGAUCGGUGGACCAACCGCACAAAUCAGUUAAUGGCGCAAAACACCAAAUCCGAAGCAGAGGAACUAAAAAAGCUUCAGAUUGUAAAGAAUCAAAAUGAAAAAACAAUAAUUGCAUUGCAAGAUGACAUGAAGAGAACAAAACAACAGCUAGAUGUAUUGAAACGCGAAUCGUUAAAACUAAGAAGUGAAAAAACAGAAAGCCAGAACAAGAUUGCAUCUUUGCAGACUGAGUUAAAUGCUGCAAAGUCUCCUAAACCUACUACAACAACUAAUGGGGCUGAACCUACAGAACUUACAACAUUAAAAAAGGAGCUUGAAGAUAUUAAGAAAAAUAUGCAGAAGAAAACAUCAGAAUCCCAACAGUUACGGAAAGUGGCCAAAAAAUACAAAACACAAUCUGACAAGUUGCAAAAGCUUCUUACGGAACACCAAAUUAAUUUUACUACUAUAUUUACCGCUACAACUUCAGCAAUCGAUCCUAGUGCGCAAUCAACGACACCAGCAGGUAUGGAGACAGAUGAGAAGAAGAAAUUAGAAAGCUCUUUAGCUGAAAAUAUUAAGAUGAUUGAAGACUUGACAAAACAAUUGGCUGAUCUGCAAGCAAAAUAUGAUGCCGACCUCAAGUCAUACACAGAGAAAGAAUCAAGAUUUAAACAAGAAACAUUAUCUCGCAGUACAGAAGCAGAGAAAAAAUUGCUUGGAGUUAAUAAAGAAAUAGAAGAUUUAAGAUCUGAGCUUAGUAUGGAAAAGGAAAACAAAGAGGAAAAAAACAAGCUGCUAAAAACAGCAAAAUAUAAAAUAACAUCCCUAACAAGAAUUAAAGAGGCAAAAGCACGAGAAGCAGACACUUACAAGAAACAAGUUGAUGAACUUAAAAAACAAAAGGAAACAUUGACAGAACAAACAACCUUGCUUAAUUCACUAAAAGAAGAAUUUGAACUAAAAAUCGAUGCUCUUGAGAGUCAAGUCGAAGAGUUGGUGAACGAAAAGGAAAUUUUAACUGAAAGAGUGAAAGAGUUGCAAAAUCGUAUUGAUGUACAGGAAAAGAAGGAAAAUUCAAAAUUCAAAAAUGUUGCUACUCAACAAAAAACUUCGAGAGUCCAAUCCCUUUCACAAAAUCCAUCAAAAUCAGCUGAAGUACCAUCAUCUAUAGAAUCAUCUGCUCCACUUACCGCCACUGUACGGCCUACAGCCACACCAAACCAACCUGUGUCAAAAUUUCACCCACAAACCAUCACACCUACAGCGAGCAUCCGCCCACUUGCUCAUGCUGCUCCAACAGCCAUGAUCAGUCCUACACCAGUCACUCAAAGUGUGCAAGCACCCACACCUGUUCCAUCAGUGUCUGCUCUACCGAUUACUGCUCUACCUAUUACUGCUCCUGUCUCCCCCCAAGUGGCAGAGAUACAGGGCCGCGCUGCAUCAUCAAGCAGCCGUCUUGCAGCUGACCGUUCUUUCAAGGCACCUGUGGCCCGAGUUACUGUACAGGUACAAGAAAGAGAUGUGGAUGUAACAGAUAUCGUGCCAAACAUUGAUGAAGAACCAGCUUUGGAGGCUGCUUCAUCGACAUCAGAUGAUGCCUCAAGAGUACCGAGUAGUAAACGGUGUCAUGCUGACCUGGAAAUGGACCGAGCAGACAGUGAUGUUGUCUCACUUGGAGAAGACGAAGGCGAAGAGCCUGGGGUGAAAAGGCAACGAAUUGAACCUAAUGAAGACCAACAGCUGGAAACAGGUGGGGAUCCGCAGGAAGGCCUAGAAGAAGACGAACUACUUGCAGAAGUGGCAGAAGAUGGUGAUGAUGAUGCUAUGGAAGGACCAACUGAUGCAGUUCCUUUACAGAGUGGUAUUGGUUCAUCCAGGGAAAAUCAGCUUCAAGUUGAAAGAUCUCUACAACGAUCCCCUCAAGAGUUGCUUCGGCAAAGGUCUCAUCCUAGAGUACGUGCGCAACUUCCAUCAUUCUCACUCAUGCCGCAGGGUCAAGGCCAUACUGGAUAUUAUGAAGAUACUGAUGACUCAACGGUGCCCAGCACUCCAACGUUGUAUAUGCCAAAAAGAACAGAUGGGUUUGCAGAAGCUGUAAGUUCUCCUCUUGUGCGCCUACCCACGUUUUCCUUCUCAACCCAUGAGCAACCUCCAUCUUCCAGCAAUACACCAGCCCUUGAUCAAACAGGUGUUCAUCUUGAUGAAACCAGAGUAGAUUUAAUGGGUGCAGAAGAUCAAGUCCCUCAAACACCAUUAAGCAUUGUACCUUCAAAUCAGUUGGUAGAUCAAUCGCAACCUCCAUUAUCACAAGAAGAAAGUGAAGAUCAGUCGCAAGAAACAGCUAUUUCUGAGGAUAAUGGUCAAGAACAGAACGUUCCACAGCAGAUUGAUCUCACUGAAGAAGACGAUGACGAAGAUGAUGAUAAUCAGGAGAUUGAAGAAGAAAAUGUAGAGGAAAAAAAAAUUGAUGGAGUCAAGGAAGAUCAUGAUGAAAGUGAAGGGAACGAAAGUGAGGAAGGAAAUGAAGGAGGAUCAGAGCAAGAUAUUGAAGAGGAGGAGGAAGAAGACUUUGAGGAAGCUGAGGUAGUUGACAGUAACUCUGAAGACGAACCUGAGUCUUCUGAAUCGCAUCUACCUAUUAUAGUGGAGCGAAGUGGUGAUGUCAAAGGUAACCCUGAUGAUAUUGUAAAGAUAAACAAGGUAGAAAUUAAAGAAGGUGCAGAACUUGAUGCAGCACAAGGUAAAGAACUGGAUGCAGCACACAGUGUACCAGGUGAGAGGCUCAGUCAUGAUACGGAGGCUGAAGGUGAAAAGGAGCCAGUAGUGGUAAUAAGCGCAGGCGACGAUGUCACAGGGACUGCUGCCAAUCAACCCUCGUCUUCGUCUGUCAUUGAACAAAAGCGAAAUUCGAUAGAAGGGGAAACACAAGAGCAAGCUAAAGUCGAAGAUAAACCUAAGCCAGUUCGUCUGCAACGAGCGGCAGGUACUCGCCCAAGAUUACGCAGAACUGCUCCACCAGGCAAAGGAUUGAAGCAAGAUGGCAGUGAGAAAUAAAGCAGAACGUGGGCAUGUUUAAUGGUUAAUUCACAAACCUCUGGUUGCUUUACAUGAUUUGUAUGGAGAGUGAAAUUAUUUUAAAACCGCGGGAGAUUGUUUACAAUUCUGAAGCUUUUUUAUGUACGAAUAAAACUUUUAUCUCAG